AUGGAUAAAGUUGCUAUAGGUAGAGGUCUGCCGUUACUGGAGGGUCGAGGUUGUGCGUUGAUGCUAUGUGUAAAACGUCGCAAUGUGUUGCUGCGACAGGCGAGGUUUGCUAUGAUUCAUACAAGUUCGAAGUUAUGUCAGGAACCGAGGAUUAACCCUGUGGGAAUACAGUAUUUGAGUAAUUCAUUGCAUUCACAGCUGUUUGGCAAGAAGCCACGGGGCACAAAUCGCCUUUCUAAGCAGGAUAAGUUGAAUCUAAUUAAAUUGGCAAAACAAUCGUUAAAAACUCAUGACCUUUUGAAUAAGAAAACACUAGUGACGGAACCUAUCUCGUUCACGUUGCCCACAUUGCAGGGAGACUCUUUAGACGAGCAUUUUCAAAGAUUGGGCCAAUUUGCUUCGGAACCUUAUAAGACAAUGGCUAUGAACAAAUUUAUCGAUAUUUUACCAAGGCCGUCCCAUUGGCUACGUAAACCAGGUUGGUACAAAUAUGAGCCUAAAUGCGCACCAGUGAAAGUUCAGUUUCCAGAAGAAGAUACUUUGGUGUUCGAUGUGGAAACGUUAUACAAGAUUUCAUCUUAUCCUACAAUGGCAGUAGCAUUAACGUCAAAGGCAUGGUACCUGUGGUGUUCUCCAUUCAUAUGUGAGGGAGAGGACGCCGAUAACCCGAGUCACCUGAUACCACUGGAUACGGUCGAAAAGACUCAAUUGAUCAUUGGUCAUAAUGUUGGCUACGAUAGGUCUCAUGUUCUGGAAGAGUACAAUUUCAAACCUUCAAAGGCAUUCUUCUUAGAUACACAAUCAUUACAUGUAGCAUCAUCAGGUCUUUGUUCAAGGCAAAGGCCCAUGUUCAUGAAAAGAAGGAAAGAAAUACAAGAAAAUGGAAGCGGAGAAUUGGAUGAAGAUGACAGGAAUAUGAAUGAUAUAAACGAUCCUUGGCUGAACGUAUCAACUUUGAAUUCUUUAGCAGACGUCGCUGAUUUCCAUUGUAACAUUAAAAUGGAUAAAGAUCCCAGAAGUUACUUUGAUUCUACGGAUAAAUCGUUAAUUAUUGAGAAUUUCGAAAAACUAGUCAGUUACUGUGCUACUGAUGUAGAAGUAACAAGUAAAGUGUUUGAUAAAGUUUUCCCAACUUUUUUAGAAAAAUGUCCACAUGCUGUAUCAUUCGGAGCUUUGAAGUCUUUGAGCUCAUGUAUUUUACCAACAAAUCACAAGGAUUGGAAUAAUUACAUCGACAAUUCCGAAAACUUAUAUCAGACAUCAAAAUCUCGAAUUGAAGAGAAGAUUGUUCAAAUCAUUAAUGAAUUUGUUAAAUAUAAGGACUACGAAACAAAUUCAGAGCACUACAAAAUUAUACAAGAUGAUCCAUGGAUGAGUCAGUUGGAUUGGACUAAAAAACCAAUAAGAAUGACUAAAGAUGGAGUUCCAAUGAAAAGACAAAAAUUGCCGGGUUUUCCAGAGUGGUACAGAUCUUUAUUCCCCAGUAAUGAUCAUAAAGUACCAAAGAUAACCAUUAAGUCAAGAAAUAUUCCAAUUUUUUUCAAACUCUCCUGGGAGGGAUAUCCUGUUAAGUGGACAUCUACAGAUGGAUGGUGUUUCCCUGUUCCAAGAGAAUUAGAGGAAAAUUUCAAAGCUAAAAAUUAUGUAUUGGCCGAUGAAGACGUACAAGAUUUCAAUUCUGCUACUCUUCUUUUCAAAAUUCCUCAUCCAGAUGGACCCACAUUGAAUUGUACAACUUUACUAAGUAAACCCUAUAUUCAUUUUUUCGAAAAGGGAAUUUUGAAAUCAGAAUCCAAAUACGCACAUGAAGCAUUACAAAUCAAUUCGUCUGGAUCUUAUUGGAUGUCUGCGAGAGAAAGAAUAAUGUCACAGUUUCUGGUCUCUAAGAAUGAGUUUUCAGAUCAGUUCAAAGAAUUAUUCGAUAGUCAUACCCAGGGAUCAAAAGUUGGAGGAGAUGUUGGAAUAAUUUUACCUAGAAUCAUCCCAAUGGGUACUAUUACUAGAAGGGCUGUGGAAAAUACAUGGUUGACCGCUUCUAAUACAAAAACAAACAGAAUUGGUUCCGAACUGAAAACACAAAUCAAAGCCCCGCCGGGUUAUUGUUUUGUAGGUGCCGAUGUUGAUAGUGAGGAAUUAUGGAUUGCAUCUCUUGUUGGUGACUCAGUUUUCAAUAUUCAUGGUGGUACUGCGAUUGGAUGGAUGUGUUUAGAAGGUACGAAGAAUGACGGUACUGAUUUACAUACAAAAACUGCAAAAAUACUUGGCUGUACACGUAAUGAAGCUAAAAUUUUUAAUUAUGGUAGAAUUUAUGGUGCAGGUGUAAAAUUUGCAGGCCAGCUGCUGAAAAGAUUCAAUCCAACAUUAACUGAAGAAGUGGCAAAGAAAACGGCCACUAGAUUAUAUGAAAGCACAAAGGGUAAGACCAGAAGAUCAAGAAUGUUUGAGAAAUUUUGGUAUGGUGGUUCUGAAUCGAUUUUGUUCAAUCGACUAGAAAAUAUUGCUGAACAAGACAUUCCAAGAACACCAGUCCUUGGUUGUAGUAUUACAUCUGCAUUGAUGAAGCGUAAUUUGAAACUGAAUUCUUUCUUACCUUCUAGAAUUAAUUGGGCCAUUCAAUCAUCUGGUGUUGAUUAUUUACAUUUACUUUGUGUCUCUAUGAAUUAUCUUAUUGCCAAAUACAGCUUGGAUGCAAGGUUAUGCAUUUCAAUUCAUGAUGAAAUUCGUUAUCUAUGUUCCGAAAAAGAUCGCUACAGAGUGGCCAUGGCUUUACAAAUAAGUAAUCUAUGGACAAGAGCCAUCUUCUGUGAGCAAGUCGGCAUUGAAGAUUUACCUCAGAACUGUGCAUUUUUCUCUCAAGUGGACAUAGAUCAUGUAAUGAGAAAAGAAGUUAACAUGGAUUGUAUCACGCCAUCAAAUCCAACUGCCAUUCCUCACGGUGAAGCCAUGGACAUAACUGAAUUAUUAAAUAUUUCCGGAUCUAUGUUGGAAAAUCCUAACGAUUCGAUUGAUCUUUCCAAAUAUGAGUAUAGAUAUAGAGAACCCGUUUUUGCUCAAUAUAACAAGGCCUAUACAAAGGAGUUUUCUAAAUACUUCCUUAAUAUGCAGACACAGACGGAUCCAAAAUCAAUUUCAAAGUUAGAAAGGGAAUAUGUACAAGAGAUAACUGAGCAAAAAUUUGCUGGUGAUGGAAUCAACGUGAAGUACGAUUACUCGGAUUAUAUUGACGACGUCAAAAGAGGCAAAAUAAGAAAGAUUAACGUCAUGGAAAAUUCCUUUGUCGCAAACCGAGAUGAAUUGAUAAAUCAACAUAAACUAAUUGUGGAGCAAGAUCUUAUCACCGGAAAGUUUAAGCCAUUGACGCAAAUGAGACAGCUGAAUGGGGAAAGUAACUCGACGUCUUCGUCCACAAACUAUCUUGAACUUCAUAAGCUGUCACUUAAGAAUCCUGUCAGGCAAGUGCAAUCGCAAAAACCUAUGAAAACAAAGAAAAUGUACUGGAACAGACCCGAUUACAGCCAAUUUUACGCCUCUAUAGACCAACCCGCCGUGCAUCAGCAACAUUAA